GCUGCCCUGCACGAUGCAGCCCAGGAUCCUCUGCAUCCUGCUUGCCGCCGUUUCAGGAGCUCAAGGCUGGGGCUACUAUGGCUGCGACGAGGAGCUGGUGGGGCCCCUGUAUGCACGCUCUCUGGGUGCCUCCUCCUACUACGGGCUCUUCACGGCGCCACGCUUCGCCCGUCUGCACGGUAUAAGUGGAUGGUCACCCCGGAUUGGGGACCCGAAUCCCUGGCUCCAGAUAGACCUCAUGAAGAAGCACCGGAUCCGAGCCGUGGCCACGCAGGGUUCCUUUAAUUCUUGGGACUGGGUCACACGUUACAUGCUGCUCUAUGGCGACCGCGUGGACAGCUGGACACCCUUCUACCAGCAAGGGCACAACGCGACCUUCUUCGGCAACGUGAAUGAGUCCGCAGUGGUGCGCCACGACCUCCACUAUCACUUCACAGCGCGCUACAUCCGCAUCGUGCCGCUUGCCUGGAACCCUCGUGGCAAGAUCGGCCUGAGGCUGGGUCUCUACGGCUGCCCAUACAAGUCCGACGUACUGUAUUUCGAUGGUGACGAUGCCAUCUCUUACCGCUUCCCGCGAGGGGUCAGCCGAAGCCUGUGGGAUGUGUUCGCGUUCAGCUUCAAGACAGAGGAGAAGGACGGGCUCCUAUUGCACGCCGAGGGCGCCCAGGGGGACUAUGUCACGCUGGAGCUGCAGGGCGCACACCUGCUGCUACACAUGAGCCUGGGCAGUAGCCCCAUCCAGCCCAGGCCCGGGCACACGACGGUGAGCGCCGGUGGCGUCCUCAACGACCAACAUUGGCACUACGUGCGCGUGGACCGCUUUGGCCGCAAUGCCAAUCUCACCCUGGACGGCUACGUGCAGCGCUUCGUGCUCAAUGGCGACUUCGAAAUGCUGAACUUGGACACGGAGAUGUUCAUCGGGGGCCUGGUGGGUGCCACACAGAAAAACCUCGCAUACCGGCACAACUUUCGCGGCUGCAUGGAGAACGUCAUCUUCAACCGAGUCAACAUCGCAGACCUGGCCGUGCGGCGCCAUUCGCGGAUCACCUUUGAGGGUAAGGUGGCGUUCCGUUGCUUGGACCCCGUGCCGCACCCCAUCAACUUUGGAGGUCCGCACAACUUUGUGCAAGUGCCUGGGUUCCCGCGGCGCGGCCGCCUUGCUGUCUCCUUUCGCUUCCGCACGUGGGACCUCACGGGGCUUCUCCUCUUCUCCCGCCUGGGUGACGGCCUGGGCCACGUGGAACUGAUGCUUAGCGAAGGACAGGUCAACGUUUCAGUGGCGCAGAGUGGCCGCAAGAAGCUGCAGUUCGCUGCCGGGUACCGUCUGAAUGAUGGCUUCUGGCAUGAGGUGAAUUUUGUGGCCCAGGAAAACCAGGCAGUCAUCAGCAUUGACGACGUGGAGGGGGCAGAAGUUAGGGUCUCCUAUCCACUGUUGAUCCGAACAGGGACCUCCUACUUUUUUGGGGGUUGUCCCAAACCAGCUGGCCGAUGGGGCUGCCACUCAAACCAGACAGCUUUCCAUGGGUGUAUGGAGCUGCUCAAAGUGGAUGGGCAGCUGGUCAACCUGACGCUGGUGGAAUUCCGGCGGCUUGGACACUAUGCUGAGGUCCUCUUCGACACAUGUGGCAUCACGGACAGGUGUAGCCCUAACAUGUGUGAACAUGAUGGCCGCUGCUACCAGUCCUGGGACGACUUCAUCUGCUACUGUGAACUCACAGGCUACAAGGGGGAGACCUGCCACCAGCCUUUGUACAAAGAGUCUUGUGAGGCUUAUCGGCUCAGUGGGAAAACAUCUGGGAAUUUCACCAUUGAUCCUGAUGGCAGCGGCCCCCUGAAGCCCUUCAUGGUCUACUGUGAUAUUCGAGAGAACCGGGCCUGGACGGUGGUGCGGCAUGACAGGCUGUGGACCACACGGGUGACGGGCUCCAGCAUGGAUCGGCCCUUCCUGGGGGCAGUGCAGUACUGGAACGCGUCCUGGGAGGAGGUCAGCGCCCUGGCCAACGCCUCGCAGCACUGCGAGCAGUGGAUCGAGUUCUCCUGCUAUAACUCCCGCCUGCUCAACACGGGAGGAGGCUAUCCCUACAGCUUCUGGAUUGGCCGUAACGAGGAGCAGCAUUUCUAUUGGGGAGGUUCACAGCCCGGGAUCCAGCGCUGCGCCUGCGGGCUGGACCGGAGCUGCGUAGACCCUGCCCUGCACUGCAACUGUGAUGCUGACCAGCCCCAGUGGAGGACUGACAAGGGCCUGCUGACCUUCGUGGACCACCUGCCCGUCACGCAGGUGGUGGUGGGCGAUACAAACCGCUCCACAUCGGAGGCCCAGUUCUUCCUGAGGCCUCUGCGUUGCUAUGGCGACCGAAAUUCCUGGAACACCAUCUCCUUCCACACUGGGGCUGCGCUGCGCUUCCCUCCGAUUCGUGCCAACCACAGCCUCGACGUGUCUUUCUACUUCAGGACCUCAGCUCCUUCUGGGGUAUUUCUGGAGAACAUGGGGGGCGCCUACUGCCAGUGGCGCCGGCCUUAUGUGCGACUAGAGCUCAACACAUCCCGGGAUGUGGUCUUCGCUUUCAACGUGGGCAAUGGGGAUGAGAACCUGACGGUGCACUCGGAGGACUUUGAGUUCAACGAUGAUGAAUGGCACCUGGUCCGAGCGGAAAUCAAUGUGAAGCAGGCCCGACUACGUGUGGACCACCGGCCCUGGGUGCUGCGGCCCAUGCCCCUACAGACCUACAUCUGGCUGGAGUAUGACCAACCCCUCUACGUGGGGUCUGCAGAGCUUAAGAGGCGCCCCUUUGUGGGAUGCCUGAGGGCCAUGCGUCUCAAUGGAGUGACUCUGAACCUGGAGGGCCGUGCCAAUGCCACUGAGGGCACCUCGCCCAACUGCACAGGCCGCUGUUCUCAUCCCCGCUUCCCCUGUUUCCACGGAGGCCGCUGCGUGGAGCGCUACAGCUAUUACACGUGUGACUGUGACCUUACGGCUUUCGAUGGGCCGUACUGCAACCACGACAUCGGCGGCUUCUUCGAGCCAGGCACCUGGAUGCGCUACAACCUGCAGUCAGCCCUGCGCUCUGCAGCCCGUGAGUUCUCCCAUAUGCUGAGCCGGCCUGUGCCAGGCUAUGAGCCUGGCUACAUCCCUGGCUACGACACUCCUGGCUACGUGCCUGGCUAUCAUGGCCCCGGGUACCGCUUGCCUGACUACCCACGGCCUGGUCGGCCCGUGCCCGGUUACCGUGGGCCUGUGUACAAUGUCACGGGAGAGGAGGUGUCCUUCAGCUUCAGCACCAGCUCGGCACCCGCGGUCCUGCUCUACGUCAGCUCCUUCGUGCGUGACUACAUGGCUGUGCUCAUCAAGGAGGAUGGGACCCUGCAGCUGCGGUACCAGCUAGGCACCAGCCCCUAUGUGUACCAGCUAACCACGCGACCAGUGACCGACGGCCAGCCCCACAGCGUCAACAUCACCCGAGUCUACCGCAACCUCUUCAUCCAGGUGGACUACUUCUCCAUGACAGAACAGAAGUUCUCCCUGCUGGUGGAUAGCCAGCUGGACUCACCCAAGGCCUUGUAUCUCGGGCGCGUGAUGGAAACGGGGGUGAUUGACCCGGAGAUCCAGCGCUACAACACCCCGGGUUUCUCGGGCUGCCUGUCCGGUGUUCGGUUCAACAACGUGGCACCACUCAAGACGCACUUCCGCAGCCCCCGGCCCAUGACGGCGGAGCUGGCCGAGGCCCUCCGCGUCCAGGGGGAGCUGUCCGAGUCCAAUUGCGGGGCCAUGCCGCGGCUGGUCUCGGAGGUGCCGCCCGAGCUGGAUCCUUGGUACCUGCCCCCAGACUUCCUCUACUACCACGAUGACGGCUGGGUCGCCAUUCUGCUAGGCUUCUUGGUGGCUUUCCUGCUACUGGGGCUGGUGGGCAUGUUGGUGCUAUUCUACCUGCAGAACCACCGCUACAAGGGCUCCUAUCACACCAAUGAGCCCAAGGCCGCCCACGACUACCAUCCCAGCAGCAAACCCCACGCUGCAGGCGCUGCCCAGACCCCAGCCCCAGCCCCAGCCCCAGCCCCAGCCCCAGCUCCCAACCCUGCCCUGGCCUCAGCCUCAGCCCCAGCCCCGGCCCCUGGCCCAGCCCCAACAUCUGGCCCCACCUAA